AUGGAUCCUCACACGAAUACACAUGCGACAGCGACGGGCCUAGUCGCAGACAGCUCUCUCCACCCCGACAAUGACCAUGCACUCUCGUCAACAGAACCACAACAACCCUCUUUCUUUGCCUCUUCCACUGCUUCUCAUGCCGAAGCCCCUCAGAUCACAAACCCUGGCCAACAAGAAUCAGAACCACAAUUCGUAGAUGAAGGCACCGAUCCUUUACCACCAACACCGCUUAUGAUGCCCGCCCCCGCUCUUCUUCGUCAGGAGACAGCUGAGCCUAUAGGUCCCUCGACCGAUUUGCCCACUCCUAUGCCCCAAGCACCAGGAAAUGGUACCCCCAGCGGUCCCGUCAUCACUAUAAAUUUGCUGUUGAGCAGCACUGGCACCCGCCAUCCCUAUCGCAUAGAUCAGAAGUAUCUAGCGAAACGCAAUGUUACGGCCGAAAACGAGAAUGGCGAUUUCGAUCCUUUUGUCAUCAGCGUCUAUACAUUGAAAGAAUUGAUCUGGCGAGAUUGGAGAGAGGAGUGGGAACCAAGACCCUCAUCACCUGCAGCAAUCCGCUUGAUCCACUUCGGACGUUUCUUAGAUGACAAAUUACCCUUGAAAGAUUGUCGGUUUAGCGACUCGGCGCCAAACGUUGUACACAUGAGCGUCAAGCCCCAAGAAGUCAUUGACGACGAAGAGAAUGCAAAAUCAGCAAAAGGCAAAAACAGCGGUGGUGGCGGUAGACCUGGCUCGCGUGGCGAUGGCGAAGAGCCAACAGCUGGUUGCCGAUGCAUCGUCCAGUGA